GCAAAUUUCCCCUAUAAAUACCCUUAUAGUAAUUACUUCACUCUGCAACAUACACAAACACAAUAAUUAAAAUUUGGUGUACUAACAAUGAUGACUACAGUGGCUGCCCCGAGAGUCCAAAGCUUGGCGACGAGUGGGAUUGAAUCGAUCCCAAAAGAGUACGUGAGGCCAAAAGAAGAGCUGACGGGCAUCGGCAACAUAUUUGAAGAAGAGAAGAAUGAAGAAGGGCCACAAGUGCCUACAAUUGACUUGAAAGACAUAGACUCGGAGGUCGAGGAGGUGAGAGAGAGGUGUCGGGAGGCGUUGAAGAAGGCGGCGGUGGAUUGGGGUGUGAUGCAUUUGGUGAAUCAUGGGAUAGCGGAGGACGUGAGGGAGCGGGUGAAGGUGGCCGGAGAAGGGUUUUUUGAGCAGCCGGUGGAGGAGAAGGAGAAGUAUGCAAACGACCCUGAUGAUGGGAAUCUUCAAGGGUAUGGGAGCAAAUUGGCUAACAAUGCUUGUGGUCAACUUGAAUGGGAAGACUAUUUUUUCCACCUUGCUUACCCUGAGGACAAGUGUGACAUGUCCAUUUGGCCCAAGACACCAACCGACUACAUUCCUGCAACAGUUGAGUACGCAAAGCAACUUCGAGCCCUAACUACCAAGACGCUCUCAAUCCUAUCCCUUGGCUUAGGACUAGAAGAAAACAGACUAGAGAAAGAAGUUGGAGGCAAAGAAGAGCUCCUCCUCCAAAUGAAAAUCAACUAUUACCCAAAAUGCCCUCAACCCGAGCUCGCUCUUGGGGUUGAAGCCCACACUGACUUGAGUGCAGUCUCCUUCAUCCUCCCCAGCAUGGUCCCAGGGCUGCAACUCUUCUACGAGGGUAAGUGGAUCACUGCAAAAUGUGUACCAAACUCUAUCAUCAUGCUAAUUGGGGACACUGUUGAAAUUCUUAGUAAUGGCAAGUACAAGAGCAUUCUUCACAGAGGACUUGUUAACAAGGAAAAGGUGAGAAUUUCGUGGGCGGUUUUUUGUGAGCCGCCAAAGGAGAAGAUUAUCUUGAAGCCAUUGCCGGAGACGGUGUCAGAGGCGGAGCCACCGUUGUUCCCGCCGAGGACUUUUGCUCAGCAUAUUCAACAUAAAUUGUUCCGGAAAUCCCAAGAACUUGGCUCUAAAUAAUUCUGGAAAAUGCUAUGCUAUCGAAAUUUUUAUACAAAAUUUGAUUUCAGAAUGACAUGGCGGUGAGGUGAAAUUUCAUAAAUUAAAAUAAAUUAAUGAUGGGUCUUUAUGUUUUUUUAAUGAAAAGCCAUGUUAUUUUGUAUGAUAAUUUUGUAUAAUUUGUCAAUUUGUGUAGCAUUAAGUCUAAAAUUAAUUGUUUGGUGGUUGGUUUGUAAUGUUAUGGUUUGGUUUGAUGUUUUAGAGUUUAAUCAUUGGCAGGUCUUAUAGACCUUAGCCUGUAUUUGUCUCAGUGCUUGUCCUUUGCCUGUCUUUUAAC